UAAAAAAGCUCUCGAAUCUUGAUCUUGGAGUUGGACACGAAAUUGUUGAAACUUUGUACAUUUUUUCUCAAGAAAAAACAAUACAAAGACUCUCUUAACACCGGAGACCCCGAAGGAAACAGAACUCAUGGCGGAGUCCUCCAGCACCUCCUCCGCCGGCGCCGUUGGCUCCUGGUCGGCCGCGCUCUCGGGGAAGUCGGACCAAGAGAAAGAGGAACUCCUGGACAGAAUGCUGACGCGGUUGGCUCUGUGCGACGACUCAAAACUCCAAGACUUGCUCGCCAAGAUUCUUCCUAUCUCUAUUGCUGCCCUCUCCUCUGCCUCCACCUCUCUCCGCAAUAAAGUUAUCGAAAUCCUGAGUCAUGUGAACAAGAGAGUGAAGCACCAGCUAGAGAUUACUCUACCUUUAUCCGAGCUAUGGAAAUUGUAUGUGGAAUCUAGUGCUGCUCCUAUGGUGAGAAACUUCUGCAUUGUGUACGUUGAGAUGGCCAUUGAUCGUGUGCAUCAGGAGGAAAAACAGUUGAUGGCUCCUAUGUUUCUAACCAGCAUUUCAAAGCUGCCUUCUCAACAUCAGGAUAUAUUACUUAGAAUCACAGCAAAGGUAAUUGGUGAGUGCCAUGCAUCUCAAGUCAGUGACGAAGUUCUGGAAAAAUAUAGGAUAUUAGUUGGUUCUAAGGACUGGGAAAUAUUUCUUGAAUUUUGUCUCCAUACGAUUCUGUAUCAGCCAUCCUCUCAGAGUGGAGGACGCCCAGCUGGGCUUUCAACUGUUCAAUGUGAACGUGUUACUGGAAAACAUCCAGUGACAAGUGAUAUGCUAAGAAAUAGAAAGUCAGGAAUGCUGAAUGUUAUUGGAGCUUUGGAGCUUCCUUCCGAACUUGUUUAUCCUAUCUAUAUUGCCGCUUGUGCUGACAGUCAUGAAUAUGUUAUCAAAAAGGGGGAGGAGCUUCUGAAGAAGAAUGCUUCUGGUGUGAAUUUAGAUGACUUGAACCUGAUCAGCAGACUAUUUCUAUUGUUUAAUGGAACUGCGGGAUCUGAUAAUAUUGCUCCAGAAUCCAAAGUCAAUCCAGGAAAUCUAGCUCUCAGAUUGAGAUUGAUGUCUAUUUUCUGCAGGUCGAUUACUGCAGCAAACAGUUUUCCAUCAACUUUGCAGUGUAUUUUUGGCUGCAUAUUUGGAACUGAUGCCACCUCCAGAUUGAAGCAGUUAGGUAUGGAGUUUACAGUUUGGGUCUUCAAACAUGCUAGAAUGGAUCAACUGAAGCUCAUGGGCCCUGUUAUACUAACUGGAGUUCUGAAAACACUUGAUAAUAUCUCUUCGCUGGAUUCAGAUGCUAUUGCCAGGGAGACAAGAAGUUUUUGUUUUCAAGCGGUUGGAUUGCUUGCACAGCGCAUGCCCCAACUCUUUAGGGAUAAAAUUGAUGUAGCUGUUCGGCUCUUUGACGCUCUGAAGCUUGAGGGCCAGUAUCUCCGCAUGAUUGUUCAAGAAGCAACAAAUUCUCUUGCUGUUGCAUAUAAGGAUGCACCCCCAAAAGUGUUAAAGGAUGUGGAAUUGCUUCUGUUACAAAAUUCUCAAGUGGAACAAAGUGAGGUACGCUUUUGUGCUGUGAGAUGGGCAACAUCCUUAUUUGAUUUGAAGCAUUGUCCAAGCAGGUUUAUUUGUAUGCUUGGAGCAGCAGAUCCAAAAUUGGACAUAAGGGAGAUGGCAUUGGAAGGCUUGUUCCCUGGUGAAGAGCAGAGAAAGACUAUGUCACAAAGCAUCUCCACUGAGUACCCAAAACUUGCAGAGAUGCUUGCUUAUAUUCUAGAGCAGCAACCAGCUAUCUUAGUUUCUGGUGGAAUUGGAGAUUCAAAGCUUCUUUUUCUGUCCAAGACUUAUGUGGCUAUGAUCAAGUUUUUGUUAAAGUGCUUUGAGGCAGAAGUUACACAAACUAACUGGACCGAAGACUCUGAGUAUUUACUCUCAGUGGAAAAAUUGUGUUUACUGUUGGAACAUGCUAUGACAUAUGAAGGUUCUGUUGAGUUGCAUGCAUCAGCUUCCAGGGCAUUAAUUACUUUGGCAUCUCAUUUCCCCCAGAUGCUUGCCUCUCGCUAUGCUGAAAAAGUUUUAUGGCUUAAACAAUAUCUGAGUCAUUUGGACUAUGAUACACGCGAAUGUAUGGCGCGUUUACUUGGAAUUGCUUCUUCUGCACUUCCAAUCACUGCUUCUUCUGAACUUAUUGGUGAAGUAAUAUCUUCAAUUGGAGGGACACAAAAUUUGAGAUUUGAAGCACAGCAAGGGCUGCUAUGUGCUUUAGGCUAUGUCACAGCAAAUUGUGUGUUGAGAACCGAUCCUAUAUCAGAAUCAGUGCUUCAAAGUGUUCUAAAAUGUUUGGUUGACAUUGUUAAUAAAGAGACCGCCGCAUUAGCUUCCAUAGCAAUGCAAGCUCUGGGUCAUAUCGGAAUCUGCAUCCCACUGCCUCCCCUGCAUCUUGACUCUGCUGCAGUUUCCAUUUGGAACAUUUUGCAUGAAAAAUUAAGCAAGCUGCUGUCAGGUGAUGAUAUCAAAUCAGUUCAAAGAACUGUUAUUGCAUUGGGGCACAUGGGUGUGAAAGAAUCAUCUUCUUCACAUCUGAAUGGUGCUCUUGAUCUGAUAUUUGGUCUUUGCCGGUCCAAGGUUGAGGACAUCUUAUUUGCUGCUGGGGAAGCUCUUUCAUUUUUGUGGGGAGGUGUUCCUGUUACUACUGAUGUGAUACUCAAAACUAAUUAUUCUUCACUAUCUAUGAGUUCUAACUUUUUAAUGGGAGAUAUCUCAUCUCAACAACUGCUCCCCUCGAUGGAAUUCCAACAUGACGAAAAUUACCAUGUUACAGUAAGAGAUGCUAUUACCAGAAAGCUAUUUGAUGUCCUUUUAUACAGUAACAGAAAGGAGGAACGAUGUGCUGGAACUGUCUGGUUACUAUCACUUACAAUAUACUGUGGCCAUCAUGCGAGCAUCCAGCAAUUGCUUCCUGAUAUCCAGGAAGCAUUCUCACACCUUGUUGGUGAGCAAAAUGAACUUACACAAGAGUUGGCAUCUCAAGGCCUGAGUAUCGUUUAUGAACUUGGUGAUGAUGCUAUGAAGAAAAGCUUGGUUAAUGCACUUGUUGGAACUCUAACUGGCUCAGGGAAGAGGAAACGGGCUGUUAAGCUGGUUGAGGACUCUGAAGUGUUCCGAGAGGGUGCCUUUGGUGAAAGCCCUUCUGGAGGAAAAUUGGGCACUUACAAGGAGCUUUGCAACCUAGCUAAUGAGAUGGGGCAACCUGACUUAAUUUAUAAAUUCAUGGAUCUGGCUAAUUACCAGGCUGCUCUUAAUUCAAAAAGAGGUGCUGCUUUUGGGUUUUCUAAAAUAGCCAAGCAUGCAGGGGAUGCCCUACAACCUUAUCUGAGUUCUUUGAUUCCGAGACUUGUCCGCUAUCAGUACGAUCCUGAUAAAAAUGUGCAGGACGCAAUGACACACAUCUGGAAAUCGUUAAUAGCAGAUUCAAAGGGGGCUAUUGAUGAACAUUUGGACCUUAUUAUCGAUGAUCUCCUGAUACAGAGUGGAUCUAGGCUUUGGCGGUCCAGGGAGGCUUCUUGUCUUGCUCUUGCAGAUAUUCUUCAAGGACGCAAAUUUGGUCAGGUGGAAAAGCAUUUAAAAAGAAUAUGGAUAGCUGCAUUCCGGGCCAUGGAUGACAUAAAGGAAACUGUCAGAAAUGCUGGUGACAGAUUAUGCCGUGCUGUUGCAUCUUUAACUGGGAGGUUAUGUGACGUCUCUCUUACACCAGUUCCAGAUGCAAGACAAGCAAUGGCUAUAGUUUUGCCUUUGUUACUGACAGAAGGCAUAAUGAGUAAAGUCGAGAAUAUUCGCAAGGCAUCCAUUAGUAUGGUUACAAAGCUUGCAAAGGGUGCAGGAAUUGCAAUUCGUCCAUACUUAAAUGAUCUUGUCUGUUGUAUGCUGGAAAGUCUGUCAAGCCUUGAAGACCAAGGAAUGAAUUAUGUUGAGUUGCAUGCAGAAAAGGUGGGAAUACAAACUGAAAAACUUGAGAACUUGCGAAUUUCAAUAGCCCGAGGUUCUCCAAUGUGGGAAACUCUUGAACUCUGCAUAGAUGUUGUUGACUCCCAUUCUCUAGAACUAUUGGUUCCUCGGCUAGCUCAGUUGGUCCAAUCUGGCAUUGGUUUGAACACCAGGGUUGGUGUCGCAAAUUUUAUCAGCUUGCUAGUCCAAAAAGUUGGUGUUGACAUCAAGCCUUUCACGGGUACGCUAUUAAAGCUUUUGCUUCCAGUUGUGAAGGAUGAAAGAAGUGCUUCAUCAAAACGUGCCUUUGCAAAUGCAUGUGCAAUGGUUUUGAAGUUUGCAGCUCCAUCACAGGCCCAGAAAUUGAUUGAAGAUACUGCAAAUUUGCAUUCUGGUGAUAGAAAUGACCAGAUUGCAUGUGCAAUCCUAUUAAAGAGCUAUGCAUCCACGGCUGCUGAUACUUUAAAUGGAUAUCAUGCCGUUAUAGUUCCAGUUAUCUUUGUUUCAAGAUUUGAAGAUGACAAGAUAAUUUCAGGUCUAUAUCAGGAAUUAUGGGAGGAAAAUAUGAGCAGUGAACGGAUAACUCUUCACCUAUACUUGGGAGAAAUUGUUACUCUUAUCAAUGAAGGGAUCACGUCAUCUUCAUGGGCAAGCAAAAAGAAGGCAUCACAAGCUAUAUGUAAGCUCAGUGAAGUCCUUGGUGAAUCACUAUCUUCACAUCAUAAUGUUUUGCUCAUGUCGCUUAUGAAAGAACUUCCGGGGCGGUUGUGGGAGGGAAAGGAGGUGCUGUUAAAUGCAUUAUCUGCCCUCUGUACUUCAUGCCAUGAAACAAUUUCUGCUUUGAAUCCUGAUGCUCCAAGUGCUAUAUUAAGCCUUGUAUCUUCUGCAUGCACAAAGAAAGCACAAAAAUAUCGUGAAGCAGCUUUUUGCUGUCUUGAGCAGGUUAUUAAAGCAUUCAAUAAUCCGGAAUUCUUUAAUAUGGUUUUUCCAUCCCUAUUGGAGAUGGGCAAAUCGCUUGCCCCUACCAUGUCAGGUCAAAUAUCUUCGGCAACUGAUGAUAAAGCAGAUGAGCCAGGUAGUUCACCAGCUGCUUUACAUGAUAAAAUAUUAAGUUGUGUUACUGCCUGCAUCCAUGUGGCCCGCAUCCGUGAUAUUCUUGAGCAACAGAAAAACUUCAUUGAUUUCUAUUUAUUUUCUUUCUCCCCUAGUUUCUCGUGGACAGUUAAGAUGUCGGUUUUUUCUUCUAUAAAAGAGCUUUGCUUAAAGUUGCACAGCAGUGCAAACAACUUGCAAGACAGCUCCACGCAUACCAGCAUAACUGCUUUUGUUCAUGAGUUAUUCUGUACUCUGACACCUGAAUUGCUGAAAUCCCUUCGCACAGUGAAAAUUGGGCAGGUUCACAUAGCAGCUGCCGAAUGUCUUCUGGAGUUAACUAAUCAGUACACAGCCUCUCCACCAGCCCAAUGGACAGAAUUAUCAUUUAUGACCGAGCUUCUUGACCUGUGCGAAGUAGAAAAAAGCGAACAGGCUAAGUCUUUGUUGAAGAAAUCAUAUGACAUCCUACACAGGCUCAAAGACGUAAAACCCUGAGCUAAAAUCGCUGAAAGCUCUGAUUACAUUUAUAUCUUCAUCUAGACGUCCUGAAGAAAACAUACGGUCUCUAUCAUUUUAAGGUCCCCUGUGGCACAAUAUCAUACAUGUUACAUAAUUUUUACAGAAGAAAAACAGAGUAAAGCUGCGAAUGAGAAUGGACGGUUCCAGGCAAUCUUUGCAGCUUCAAGCAAAUGGUGAGGUCCACAGUUAUGUGUAGAAGGAAUCCUCAUAUCUGAUUGAGAAACAGAUGCUCCUUGUGAUCUUCCUGAAUCUUGAUCUCAAAAUCCUUGUUAAGAUCACAUUCUAAGAAGGAAUAUGAAAAUGGAAAUUAUGGGACUCAACUAAAACUGGCAAAAGGAGUGCCGGAUGUCCUUUUGUUCUACUUAUGUCGAAACGACAGUUCAACCAAUUGAUUGUUGGCAAUGCCGGCC